CGGGACCCUAAACCCUCUCAUGAAACUGAGCUGGGCAGCGGGCAGCCCUCGACGGUGCCGGAGCGAUUUCCGACUGGUGCAUUGUCGGGGACACAAGACAGCGGCAUUGCAUUUGUCUCUGGUACGUGGGUGUUAACUAGGUCAAGAAGAUGAUGCAGCGCUACAGAUUGUUGGCGCGGGCUGUACAACGAGGUGCGCGAGAGUAUGGGCUACCUCCCUCGUCGUCUCCGCAGAUUGCACCAGGAUUUUUGCGAUCUCCAUCCAAUUUGCAAUUAUGGCGGGCGCUUUGGAGUCUUGUGAGGGACGGUAUGUCAGAAUCGAGGAAUUGUUUUGCUAUCUGCAGCGACGCUUUGAGGGGCGGAGGCUUGAGGCAGCAAGUUCGACACGCGAAAGUGAACGGCUCAGAGGUCAAGCAAGGGAAUGUCAUUGAGCGCAAAGGACGCAUUUAUCAGGUACUGAAAACUCAACAUACCCAACAAGGUCGAGGUGGAGCAACUAUCCAGGUGGAGCUUCGGGACGUGCAAAGUGGGCUGAAAUUAACUGAAAGAUUCCGAACAUCAGAAUCUAUUGAAAGAGUGUUCGUGGACGAGAAAGCCUACACUUUCUUGUACAUGGAAGGUUCUAGUGUUGUUUUGAUGGACCCAAAAACUUUUGAUCAAUUAGAACUCUCGAAGGACAUGCUAGGUAGUGGAGCUGCCUACCUAUCUGAUGGAAUGGAGGUGAUGGUUCAGCAAUACAACGGCCAGCCUUUUUCCGCGACUGUUCCACCGAAGGUCACUUGCACUGUUGCAGAAGCAGAGCCAUACUUCAAAGGCCAAUCCGCAACACCUACGUACAAGCGCAUUAUAUUGGAGAAUGGUCAGACGAUUCUGGCACCGUCAUUUAUUACUGCAGGAGAUCAAGUAGUUAUUGAUACAGCGGAGAAUACCUACAUAACUAGAAGCAAGGAAAAAUAGAGAAGUGCAAAACAGCGAAGAGUAGCACAUGAUCUAACAAGAGUGUUGCACCGGAAACGGUAGAAAUAGGUCCAUUACGUGUUUCAGGUAUUUGACCCCUGAGAACCUUUUCGAGUACGCUGACAAUUCAUCGUCCUUGCUGGGAACUAGAGAAAUCAAACCUUGGUGAAUACUAUACACCUAAGUGAGUCGAUCCUUUUCCAUUGCAUCAAUGAUUGGAGCACAGGGGUUUGGUAGCUGUUACUUAUACGAGGUGUCUAAAACGUUGUCUUCUUACAUAUGUGUAGCGUCUCGUUGAAAGCUAGGCGUUCAUGCAUAGGAUACGUCGAGGCCAUUUUAGACUUGAUAGCCUGGAUCCUUACUAGCACGGUCAUUAAAUUUUCAUAGUCAGCAGGUCGAUGGUUUAUUUUAGGUUGUGCUUUCGAAUUUCGCUUCUACGAUUUUCCUCCACCUCCAUAAAAGAAAAAUGAAAAUAAAACCGGCCACCCUUCUCGGAGAAGUAGCUUUGGGUGCUUCGAGUUUUACGUCAAGCCUCGUAUGUUAGGCUGGUUUAAUAAUUUAUACAAUGCCUCCGGUUAUUGCCUGGUCAACCAUCUUUUGGUAAUGUUUGAGCAUUUUGGAGACUUGACACAACUGAACCAAAAUACCUGGAAAUGCCAUCUCAGGGGUUCAAAUAUUGGAUAAGUAAAGAACAGCAUUGGUAA